AUGUCAUGUCUGAACACCAGCACCCGAUCCCACCCUGCCGUCUUCCUCCUGGUCGGCAUCCCUGAACUGCAGGAGGCCCAGUUCUGGAUCGCCUUCCCUUUCUGCAUCAUGUAUGUCAUUGCCGUGCUGGGAAAUGUCAUUGUUCUCUGCAUUAUAAAGACUGAGCCAAGCCUGCAACCCAUGUACCUCUUCUUGGCCAUGCUGGCCAUCACUGACUUGGUCCUGUCCACGUCCACCCUGCCCAAAAUGCUGAGCAUCUUCUGGCUGGACUCCAGGAAGAUUGGGUUCCAUGUCUGCCUCAUUCAGAUGUUCUUCGUCCACACCUUCUCAUCAGUGGAGUCGGGCAUACUCAUGGCUAUGGCCUUGGAUCGCUAUGUGGCCAUCUGCUGCCCCCUCCGUCACUCCAGCAUCCUGUCCGUCCAAGCCAUAGUGACAAUGGGGAGCCUGGUGCUGGCACGCGGAGUCCUUCUGGUGAGCCCCUUCUCCCUUCUUGCCCGCAGGCUGCCCUUCUGCCAGCGCUGUCUCAUCUCCCACUCAUACUGCGAGCACAUGGCCGUGGUGAAGCUAGUGUGUGGGGACUCUACAGUCAGUGUCAUUUAUGGCCUGUUUGUGGCUUUUAUGGUGGUGGGGAUUGACUUGUUUAUCAUCUCCGUGUCCUAUGCUAUGAUCCUCCUAGCUGUGCUCAGACUCCCAUCCACUGACACCCGUCUCAAGGCCUUCAGAACCUGUGCAUCUCACUUGUGUGUCAUCCUUGCGUUUUACAUCGCUGCCCUCUUCACGUUCCUCACCCACCGCUUUGGCCACAAUGUCCCCCACCAUGUCCACAUCCUGGUGGCCAAUCUCUACUUGCUGGUGCCCCCCAUGUUAAACCCUAUUGUGUAUGGGGUGCAAACUAAACAGAUCUGGGAGAGGGUGCUCCGUAACUUCCAGCAGAAAGGAAUCUGA